AUGUCACCUCUCGCGCGAUACCGCCAGAUCCCGACCGCUUCCGUCAUGGUCUCGCCUAUCUGUCUAGGGACGAUGACGUUCGGAGAGGCCCAUUCGGAGAGGUACGGGAACUGCGACAAGGCUACCAGUUUUGAGAUCUUGGAUACGUUCGUAGAGAAGGGUGGGAAUUUUUUGGAUACCGCCAAUAUAGGAGAAUGGAUGUCAUCUAGAGGUAACCGAGAUCAGCUCGUCCUGGCCACCAAAUACACUAACAACUACCUACCCAAAGCAACGGGCGAUAUCACCGCCAACUAUACGGGGAACGGUACGAAAUCCAUGAAGCGAUCGCUGGAAAACUCGUUGAAACGCCUGAGAACGAGUUAUAUCGACCUCUUUUACCUACACAUUUGGGAUUAUACGACUUCUAUUCCGGAGCUCAUGCACGGUUUGGACGAUCUCGUCGCUGCGGGCAAGGUCAUGUACCUAGGGAUCUCUGAUACUCCCGCGUGGGUCGUCUCCAAGGCCAACCAAUAUGCGCGGGAUCAUGGCUUACGGCAAUUCAGCGUGUAUCAAGGCAUGUGGAACGCCGCCAUGAGGGACUUUGAACGGGAGAUCAUCCCUAUGGUCUUAAACGAAGGGAUGGCCUUGGCCCCCUGUGGUGUGCUCAAUCAAGGGCGGUUCCAGACCCGGGAAGGGGGGAGGAAUUUUAUCCCGCUCGACGAGCAUGAUAAGAGGAUCUCUGGGGUGCUCGAGGAUCUCGCGGCGAAGCGGGAAGGAUCAACUACGAUCCUCCAUAUGGCACUGGCCUACGUGAUGCAGAAAGCUCCUUACGUCUUCCCGAUCAUCGGGUGCAGAAAGGUCUCUCACCUGCUGGACAACCUCCCUGGGGUCCGCCUCACGCUCACCCAGGGGGAAAUGGACGCUAUCGACCGAGCCACGGGGUUUAGACAUGGAUUCCCUACCAAUUUUUUUUAACUUGAGUUUGUUCAAUCCGGAGUUGCCGCAGGUGAUGGUCGUCGAAGCGAAGGAUGUCAGGAUGACCCUGGGUAGGAGCGAGAUUGAUUGGGUGACUGGACCGCGACCUAUCGAUCCUAAUGCCAAGGCGAGCGAAUAGAUCUGAGUGAGUGGAAGUUGU